UUUAUAUACUCACGUUGCUCUCACAUUCUCGCCAAUUCUCACCAACCAAACACAGUCUACCGUUCGCAGCCAUUAGGGUUUUACUGGGGCAGCUAUCUUGGACCGUUUCAGGGUACAAAUGAGUAAAGCAAGAGUUAAAGAUAGGAUCAGUGGGUUGCCUGAUCCAAUUCUUUGCCAUAUGCUUUCCUUCCUGCCAACAAAAUGUGCGAUGAGGUGCAGCAUUCUGUCUACAAGAUGGAAGAACAUUUGGAAUUCCGUUCCGAAUCUAGACUUCGAAAACAAAGAUAAGUCUGAAACUGUUGGUUUUAUGAAUUUUGUUGACCGUAUACUUAAAUUUCCCGGCUCAAUAGACAUUCAGAAAUUUCGUCUUCAUUGUUCCUAUGUUGGGGAUUACACUCGUAUCGAUGGUUGGAUUCGCACUGCCAUUAGGCGUAAGGCUGUUGAACUUGAUCUUGGUGUAUCUAAUACGGGCAAGACUUUGGAGUUACCCAAAAGCGUUUUCAUGUGCAAAACACUGGUGGUCUUAAAAGUGAAGUCAAAUGUUAUUACCUACAAUCCACCCACAUCUGGGUGUUUCCCAAGUCUCAAGUUUCUCCAUAUCACAGCUGAAGGUCCCUACUGUGACUCAGUGGAAAAUCUCUUAUCCUGUUGCCCGGUACUUGAAGAUUUGAUAAUAGAUAUAACGCUUGGUGUUCGAGGUUGCAAUUUCAAGAUCUCUGCUUCUGAACUAAAGAGGCUAAUUAUAACAUUCCACCAUUUAUUGAUUCAAUUAGGUGGGGAGAAAGUCUUUAUUAAUGCUCCGAAGCUUGAAAACUUUGACGUUAAGGAGGAUAUUUUGGCCAAUUAUUGUUUGGAGAAUGCGAAGUCCCUUGUCAAAGCCAAUGUCGAUCUCUAUUGCUAUUGUGUACAUCGAGAUGUAGAAUUUGUAACAAAUGCAACUGCACUCCUUGAAGGGAUAUCCAAUGUCAAAUAUCUCUGUCUUUCGGCUCGUGUUUUGUGGGAUCAUUGUCUGCCGGCUUUUGAUAAUUUGAGCGAGUUGAAGCUGGUUCUAUAUGAUUCCUAUAACUGGGAUUUGCUCAUGAAGUUGCUCGAUAAAUCACCUAAUUUGGAACAUCUUGUCUUAGAACACAAAGAAGACAAGGACUGUGUUCAACACUACUCGUUUGGACAACACUCAAAUUUUAAAUGUAACCUACCCUCAGAGUUUCGAUGGCAUACACCGGAGUAUGUGCCUGCUUGUUUGACAUCACACCUCAAGACUAUCACCAUAAGAGGAUUCAAGGGAUAUCCGCAUGAGAAGAAAGGGGCAAGGUUUUUGUUCGAGAAUGGUAUUGUUUUGGAUAAGAUGGCUAUCUAUAAUGAUUUAGGUGAGGAAUUUACAUUGUUCCAGAGGGGUUCGGGGACUUGUCUAGCUAUUUGAAUUAGGUGUGAAACGCAAUCAUCGUUCCAUGGGGUUUGGAUUGAUCAUUCUCUCAUCGAUGUUGUAAACUAGAGAAACAUCUUUGUUGGUCUUUCGAUGGAUUAUGAAGAUAUUUAUGGAAUUCCCAACUUUAUAUUU